AUGGCCUUGGAAGAAGGUGAAGCAUCCAUAGAAGAGAAUCAUCCAGCAACCAACAAUAUUGCGCAUCCUCUGGUGAGGGGCGUACAUGAUGAUGUUGCCCAGUCUAUAUCAGAUUUUGAAAGCAAGUUGGACGAUAAGAUUGACUCUCUUGAGAAGUUGGUGACACAAUUGACUACCAACAGGAGAUCUACAUCUCCAUCUGCGUCUGUUGCACGACUAUGUGCUAUUUGUCUUUCCAGUAACCACUAUACAGAUGCAUGUCCUUCUUUGCAGCACCAUGUUGCCUCUGAUGCGCCUCAAGCUUAUUCUACGAACAUCUACAACAGGCUACAAAAACAACAACAACAGCAGAUGCAAUUUUAUGAUGCUCCCUUUCAAAUAACUCCUCAACCUUCAACUUCUGAACCUACAUUGAAGGAGUUAUUAGAGCAGAUGACCAUGCAGAAUCUCAAGUUCAAGCAAGAGAGCAUGAAGAUCCAGCAGGAAACUCAAGCUGCCAUGCAGAAUCUGAGUAAUCAGAUCAGGCAGAUGGUCACUCUUGCACCUGAGGAGAAUGCUGAAGUUUUUGAGGACCAGGCAAGAAUAAGCAGUACUAUGGAGCCAGGUUACAAAAGUAAAUGAGAAUACAGGUAUUACUCCGGUGUCUCAGACUCAACAACUGCUGGUGGACAGAAGGCUCCUCAUUUUAUUGAUACAACAACUUGCUCGGA